AUGCUGCACGGGACCCUGCCCAGGGCCUUCCUGGCCCCCGGUCUGGCGUACCGGGGCGGGUACUACGGCGAAGGCGUCCUGGCGUACCCGGGCCCGGCGUAUCUACCCUUAGAGGAACACUACCCCCGGCUGGGGGACUCGCCCGCGUUCGCGGGAUGGCAGGCGACCCCGAGAUCCGCGACUCCGUGUCCCCUGGACCUGUCCCUGAAGCCGCCGCCCACGCCGAGCUCCCCGACCACCGAGGACGGCAUCGAGGUCGACGACGAGGACGAUCGCAGGAGCCGGGAGGAGCAGCAGGGGCGAUGUCCGGAGGACAUCCCCUCGGCAGAGGAGAUGGGCGGCCCGCGGCGGAGUUCCUCGGUCCAGAGCUACGAGAGGUUCUUCCUCGACGGGGACCCGACCAGGGACCCGGGCGAGGAGAAGCCCCUCGGCACCCCCGUGGGCUCUCCGGGGCCCUUUUACUCCGGGGAGACCCUGGACCCAUCCAAGUACCCCGGGGACUGCAAGAUGCCGCCGACCGGACACUUCCGCGGCGUGCCGAGCUACCACCAGCAGCUGCUUUUGACACCCCAGCCCCACGCACCCAUGACGCCGCCCAGCACCCCGUCUCCGCCCCAGUGCCCCAGGAGGCGCCCCAGGGACGACGAGGAGGUCACUCCAAGGGGUCGCGUCGACAAGCCCAAUCCCAGGCCCAAGAAGAAGUACUCGAGGAGGCUGAAGUUCGACGAGGAUACCAGCAGCCCAGUCUCCGGCACCGUCAUCCUGGGGCCCGACGAGGCGGUCGUCACCGGGGACAUCGAUCCCGCGUUCAACGUCGUCGAGGUCACCGAGGAGGCCCGGGCCGAGCUGGCCAAGAUCGAGAACCGGCUGGGGCCCUACCAGUGCAAACUCUGCAGGCUGCUGCACGAGGACGCCUUCCAGCUGGCCCAGCACCGGUGCUCCAGGAUCGCCCACGUCGAGUACCGCUGUCCGGAGUGCGACAAGCGAUUCUCCUGCCCGGCUAAUCUCGCCUCCCAUCGCCGCUGGCACAAGCCCAGGAUCUCCAACGGGGAGAACGGGGCCGGCUCUACCUCUGGAAGCGGCACCGAGAUCCCCUGCACCAGGUGCGACGCCAAGUUCACCAGGCAAGCCGCCCUUAGGAAACAUCUCGCCAACCAGCAUCCCGAAACCGGAGACGACGACCCCGAGGAGUCCAACUCGUCGCAGAGCAAGAUCUUGGUCAACGUCAACUCCUCGAGCUUGGCACCCGGUGAGGUCCCCACCGAGAUACCCUGA